AUGUGUGUUCUUGAAAGUUCAUUACUGGGGUGGGUGGUUUGGCCAAAGGGUCAUGGUUGAAAUUCUUGAAUUUGCAAUUUCUGACAGCAGUUUUCAAUGGAGAUUGAAAGUGGGGUUAAUCACAAUCAGAUAAAGAAAGAUUCUUGGAAAACAGUAUUUACAUUGGCUUAUCAAAGUUUGGGUGUGGUAUAUGGGGAUUUGAGUACAUCACCAUUGUAUGUAUUCAAGAAUACAUUCGCCGAAGACAUCGAACAUUCGGAGACAAACGAGGAAAUCUUCGGUGUUCUGUCAUUCAUCUUUUGGACACUAACCUUAAUCCCUCUUCUCAAGUAUGUGUUCAUUGUGCUUAGAGCUGAUGAUAAUGGUGAAGGAGGCACAUUUGCUCUGUAUUCACUCUUGUGCAGACAUGCCAAAGUCAACUCAUUGCCUAGUUUCCAAUCGGCGGACGAGGAUUUGUCGAGUUACAAGAAGGAUAUAAGAAGCCCUGCACCAUCGACUUUCGGGGCAAGGCUUAAAUCGAGCCUCGAAAAAUACAGAGUGUUGCAGAGGUUUUUGCUCGUUUUGGCUUUGCUUGGUGCUUGUAUGGUUAUUGGUGAUGGUAUCUUGACUCCAGCAAUUUCUGUUUUCUCUGCGGUUUCGGGUGUCGAACUUGCCACGGCAAAGGAGCAUCACAAAUACAUAGAAGUGCCGGUUGCAUGUAUGGUACUGAUAGGACUAUUUGCCCUUCAACAUUACGGGACCCACAGGGUCGGAUUCUUGUUCGCACCCGUUGUAAUAACAUGGCUUUUCUGCAUCAGCGCCAUCGGUAUAUACAAUAUUUUCCACUGGAACCCUCAUGUAUAUCAAGCUCUUUCUCCUUAUUACAUGUACAAAUUCCUCAAGAAAACCCAACGUGGCGGUUGGAUGUCCUUGGGCGGUAUCCUGCUCUGCAUCACAGGUUCAGAAGCAAUGUUUGCUGAUCUGGGACAUUUUUCCCAGCUUUCAAUACAGAUAGCAUUCACAUCGAUCGUAUAUCCGUCUUUGAUCCUGGCGUAUAUGGGGCAAGCUGCGUAUCUUUCUCAGCAUCAUGUUAUUGAGGAUGAUUACCGUAUUGGAUUUUACGUUUCCGUACCUGAGAAAUUAAGAUGGCCGGUGUUGGUGAUUGCUAUUAUGGCGGCAGUAGUCGGAAGCCAAGCCAUUAUCACCGGAACUUUUUCCAUCAUUAACCAGUGUUCCGCUCUAGGUUGCUUCCCGAGGGUCAAAAUCGUCCACACGUCGUCGAAAAUCCACGGCCAGAUUUAUAUUCCCGAAAUUAACUGGAUUUUGAUGCUUCUUUGCUUGGCUGUCACUAUCGGCUUUAGAGACACCAAACGUCUCGGUAAUGCCUCAGGUUUGGCGGUUAUAACGGUGAUGCUAGUGACGACUUGCUUGAUGUCACUCGUGAUCGUCCUAUGCUGGCACAAGAACGUGCUCCUAGCAAUAUCGUUCGUCCUCUUCUUCGGGUCGUUGGAGGCGUUGUACUUCUCCGCCUCCCUCAUCAAGUUUCUAGAAGGUGCGUGGGUCCCGGUCGCCCUCUCGCUCUUCUUCAUGGCUGUCAUGUCCGUGUGGCACUACGGGACCCUCAAGAAGUACGAGUUCGACGUCCAGAACAAGGUCCCCGUCGACUGGCUCCUCGGCGCGGGCCCCACGCUGGGCCUCGUCAGGGUCCGCGGCAUCGGCCUCAUCCACACGGAGCUCGUCUCCGGAAUCCCGGCCAUCUUCUCACACUUUGUGGCGAACCUCCCCGCCUUUCAUCAAGUGCUCGUUUUCCUGUGCGUAAAAUCAGUACCGAUCCCGCACGUCAGAAACGAGGAGCGGUUCCUCGUUGGGCGAAUCGGGCCGAGGGCGCACCGUAUCUACCGGUGCGUCGUCCGCUACGGGUACCGUGACAACCACAAGGACGACUUCGAGUUCGAAGACGAGCUCGUGUGUAGCAUCGCGGAGUACAUACGGACGGGUGGGGGAGAGGAAGAAACGGGGUCGAGAAACGGAGCAGCGGGUGGUGAUGAAGAUGAUGACGACAAUCAUAAGGAAGAUAUGGUUGUGGUGGGGUCCGCCACUUCUGCGAGCAAUUCAAGUGGGGUCCGAUUGUACGAGGAGGGUGAUGACGCGGCGGGGACGUCGUCGGCGGUGAUUAAGACGAGGAAGAAGGUUAGAUUCGUGAUUCCGGAGAGUCCGAGGAUGGAUCGGAGUACGAGGGAGGAGUUGAGAGAAGUGAUGGAAGCUAGAGAAUGUGGGAUGGCUUAUAUAUUGGGGCAUUCAUAUGUAAGGGCAAAAGGGGGAUCAAGUUUUAUAAAAAAGGUGGUGGUUAAUUUUGGGUAUGAUUUUUUGAGGAGGAAUUGUAGAGAUCCUACUUAUGCUUUGGGUUCACCUCAUGCUUCUACUUUGGAAGUUGGAAUGGUGUACCAUGUUUGACCUUUUUUUUUUUUUUUUGAAGAAAUUGUUUAAAGUAUAUUGUAUAUAUUUGUAUUUUGUAUAUUUUAUUUUAUUUUUCUUUUUGUAAUUUCAUCAAGAUAGAGAAAGUUUUACUUUUACUUACUGAUGUAAAUUGGUGGAAAGAAAAAAUUACAGUGAUAACUGAUAUGGGCCUACUGUUGCUUUUUUUUGUUUGGGUAUUGGGCUGAAA